CGGGAAGGCGCGGAUCCUUGGGCGCGAGUGGCGGCGGCCACCAAGGAGGCGGACUCCCUCGAGGCCGCCCUCACCCAGCUGGAGCCGGAGAGGGCGGCGGCGGAGGAGGAGGCGUCGGCCGGAGAGGCCGCCGCGGGCGAGGCCGAGAUGAGCCUCACGUCCUGCUCCGCGGAGAUGCUUGACGAGUACGCCGCGGAGCACCAGCGGCUCCUCGCUCUCGAGGCCGAGCUGGGCGCCGCGCGGGAGGCCCACGGGGCCCGCCGGGCCGAGAACCUGGGGCUCUGCCGGCGCAGCCUGGCGCUGGACUGUGAGGCGAGCCACUGCCGGGAGCAGGUGGCCGAGGCUCAGACGGUCCUGGACGACUACGUUAGCUCGCAGGGCAGCCUCGCGGCUCGCAUCUCGGAGCGGCUGGAGGAGUGCGAGCGGCUGCGGCUGAGCGCCCAGGAGC